GAGGUCGAGCAUCACUGUCACUCUCCCGAUAUGACUUGUAAGGUACUGUUCCUCGCCGCCCUCGUGGCCCUCACCCUGGCCAGCCCUGAGUAUGGGCGGCCCGGCCCAGUGGAUCCUCCCAGGUACGACUUCAACUACGCCGUGAAAGAUUUCAACGGCAACGACUUCGGUCACCAAGAAUCUCGUGACGGCUACAACACCCAGGGCAACUAUUACGUUCAACUUCCCGACGGUCGUCUCGAGAGAGUAAAUUACUACGUCAACGGCGACUCUGGCUUCGUAGCUCAAGUUGAGUAUGAGGGCGAGGCCCAGUACCCCGCCUACCAGCCCUCACCUUCAUAUGGGCCAUCACCAUCUUACCAGCCUGAACCCAGCUAUGGCUAGUCUGACGAACUGGGAAGUAGACUAAUUUGAACAAAAAUAUACUUUUACUAAGCGAAAUGUAAUCAUUAUGAUAGAAUAAAGAUAUAAUUAUCUUAAAA